AUGAAGUCGAUUUCUUUGGCUUCGGCUAUACUCUUUCUUCCGGCGUUUGCAGUCGCUGCUGCCAACUCCUCAGCUCUCCCUCUUGCCGGGGAAGAAGUGACUGUGGAGACACCGUCUGGUACAAUCAUCGGCGCCGUCACUGGCGUUGAAAGCUUCAAUGGCAUACCAUUCGCAAAGCCUCCGGAGAAAGAAUUACGCCUGAGGCCUCCCGUCAGGCUCACCGGCAACUUUGGCGUGUUCAAUGCCACUGGCAAGGCAGUUGGCUGCCCGCAGAUGCCGCCCAAUUCUGGAGCAGUGCUUCUCCCACCACUUGCUGGUAAAAACAUCACGCCUCCCAUCUGGGACGAAGACGGGCCGCCCAAGGGCAAGGAAGACUGCCUCACUGUCACUGUUCAGCGCCCAAAGGGUACCCGGGCCGACGCAAACCUGCCAGUCCUCUUCUACAUCUUUGGCGGGGCCUUUAUGUUUGGCGCAACAAACGCCAAUGAUGCCGAAAAGUUCAUCACGUUUGCCGAGCAGCAGAAUCAGGGUUUCAUCUUUGUAGGCGUCAACUACCGCCUCGGAGGCUUUGGGUUCCUAGGAGGAUCCGAGAUUUUGAAAGAGAAGAGUACAAAUCUGGGUCUCCGCGACCAGCGCAUGGGUCUCGAGUGGGUGGCUGACAACAUUGCCUACUUUGGCGGAAAUCCCAGAAACGUCACCCUCUGGGGCCAGUCGGCUGGCUCCAUCUCCGUGUUUGAUCAAAUGGCAUUAUACAACGGUAAUGCCGCAUAUAAUGACCACCCGCUCUUCCAUGGCGCAAUUCUAAACUCGGGCUCCGUACUUCCUACAGAGUAUGUUGACUCGCAGAAAGCUCAGGCUAUUUUUGACAAAGUUGUCGAUGCAGCAAACUGUACUUGGUCCAAAGUUUCACAGCUAGAGUGCCUUCGUUCUCUUGAAUAUGAGGACUUUUACCGUGCGGCAAAUUCGGUCCCCCGCGUUCUAGACAGAUCUUCUCUGGCCCUGUCCUACCUCCCCCGGCCCGACUACGAGCUUUUGCUAAAGAGCCCAGACGCCCUUGCUGAGGCGGGUACCUACUACGCCGUGCCGACCAUCAUCACCAGCCAGGAAGACGAAGGAACCUUUUUCUCCUUUGCGCAGAUUGACCUCAACAACACAGAGGCUCUCGUCAACUACCUCUCCGACACAUUCUUUGACAGAGCAACGAGGUCCCAAGUGGCUGACCUUGUCGACACGUAUCCCAUUGACCCUGCCGAGGGUAGUCCGUUCCGCACCCUACAGCUCAACGAGUGGUACCGGGAUCAUUACCGCAACGGAAACGGGUUCAAGCGCGUCGCGGCCCUCUUGGGCGACUUUGUUUUCACACUUGUUCGUCGCCUCACCCUGCAGGGCAUGGCAACGUCGCAUCCAGAGGUCUCGCUGUGGUCCUCACUCAACUCGGUUGCCUAUGGAGCUCUGCCCUAUUGGGGCACGCCGCAUGGCACCGAUGUGGGCAUGAUUUUCAACGGCACCGGUGUUCCCGUUGCCGUCAAAUCGACAAGAACUUACUACCUCAACUUUAUCCACAACCUGAAUCCUAAUAUAGGCGUAAAGGGCUAUCUAGAGUGGCCAAAGUGGACUCCUGACGGAAGGCAGCUGUUGUGGACCACAAAGUUUGGCAACAUGUUGAAAGACGAUACCUUUAGGGAGAAAAGCUACGAAUAUCUGAAGAAUAAUACCAAAGCGUUUUAUUUCUAG